AGUAGUGCCAGGUUGCAGGUGGAAAUCAUAAAACUAGCUCGUGUUAUAAUAAUGAACUAAUACGCAGGAAUGGACAUUAAUAAUUUUAUCUCUUUAGAAGAUUUGAUACCAUCAAAUAAUGAAUGGUUUAAAUUUUUUGUUACAUAUGAAAAAUCGCUACGCCUUCCAUAUAUCCCUCCGCUGUUUUUUGUCUCCUUUCAGACUGUUUUGGUCUUUUUGCUGUUAGCAUCGGAAAGAACCUGAGCUAGCUGUAAACCCUAUUUUGAGAUAAUAGAUUUUUUUUUGCUCGGUUUACGUAAUAAACUGACAAGAGGCGACAGACAUAUGUUUGUUUUGAAGGAGUUAGUAAAGUGUGUUGUCAUUUUAAAAUAUUAAUUUUCCGCUUUUAAAAAGAAUUGUACAGAUUGCUAAUUUAGCUAAGUAGCUAACUGCCUAGCAUCAGCAUCAUCUAAAAGGCACGUUGACAUUAGCCAGCUAGCACCACUACACCGUCUUAUUGUUAUCAAGUCUGAAAGUGGUCAUUUUAAGUCGCCGUCUUUUAUGGGAUCAUCAUGUCAAUGAAGGCCGGUGGAAAUCGAAGCAAGCCCGGCAGUGGCAACACAACUGGUGCGGCCGCUUCUGGAGCCGGAGGUAGCGGCGGUGGAAGACAGAAUCUGGGCAGGGGAAGACACAGUGGUAAAAAUUCUGCAGCAGUGAUAUUCAGUGGCGUAUAUGCAAAUAUGAGGAUGGUCCAUGUUUUAACUUCAGUGGUGGGGACCAAGUGUGAGCUGAAAGUCAAAAACGGAGCAGUUUACGAAGGAGUGUUUAAGACAUAUGGUCCUGAGUGUGACCUGGUGUUGGAUGCAGCCCACAGAAAGAGCCCCGAGAUGAGUUUAGCCCCCAGGAAAGAAGAUAUUGUAGAAAGCAUCAUUUUUAAGACCUCUGAUGUUGUGGUGGUGACCUUCAAAGAUGUGGACCUGAAUUUUGCCAGAAAAGUCUCUUCUGACACAGACAACUUCACAGACGCAUCAGUGAGCGGUAGAAUUAACGGUGAACACAAAGAGAAAGACCUGGAGCCGUGGGAUGGAGGAGAAACCCACAACUCUGACAGCCUGGAGUCUCUAGAUACAGAUGUGUCUAACGGAUGGGAUCCCAACGACAUGUUCAAAUACAACGAGGAGAAAUAUGGCGUCUUGUCUACGUAUGACAGCAGCCUCUCUACGUACACAGUCCCGCUGGAGCGCGACGACUCCGAGGAGUUCCUUAAGAGGGAAGCUCGCGCCGCCCAGCUGGCAGAGGAGAUCGAGGCCAGCGCCACGUACAAGGCCCGCGUCGCCUUGGAGAACGAUGAACGCACCGAGGAGGAGAAAUACACGGCGGUGGUGCGAGGGGAGAGGGAGACUCACACACUCAGCAGAGAGAACAAGUACAUUCCCCCGGGUCAGAGGAACAGGGAUGCCAUGUCGUGGGGACCAGGGCGACAGAAUUCCCCUCGCCUGGCUCAGAACUCAGCCGGAGUCUCGACUCCUCGACCAGGACCUCAUGACUACAGUCCCAGCUCCGGGGCAGAUCAGAGGGUGGUCAACGGAGGUUCAUCCCAUUGGCCCUCACCCUGUCCGUCUCCUUCUUCUCGCCCCCCCUCUCGUUACCAGUCUGGCCCCUCCUCCCUGCCUCCUCGGGCAACCACGCCCACCAGGCCGCCCUCCAGACCCCCCUCUCGACCCUCCAGGCCUCCUUCUCAUUCAUCCCAUCCCUCCUAUCCCUCCUCCUCAUCCUCCUUUUCUCACCAUGGGCCCACGUCGCCAGCCUCCAAUCUGCCUAAGCGCAUGUCUUCAGAAGGUCCUCCCAGGAUGUCUCCAAAGUCCCAGCGGACACCUCGUGCUCACAGAGUCCCACCCUCGAGAAUUAGUGGCGUCCACCCUGGAGUGGAUCUGGUUCCUCAUAAUCCAGCUGGUGACGUUUCAGCAGCUCCGUCCACCAGGAGCAGCUCCUCUGGAGGGACUUGGUCAUCAGUAGUCAGUGGAGCUCACAGACCUCGCUCCCCGCGACAGAGCAGUCUGAGCGGAGCCUCACCCGGCUCUUCCCAGACGGGAACGGCUCCUGUGGAAACUGUCACGCUGAUAUCGGCUUCUUCUCCCACUGCUGCUAGCCCCGCCCCUAACAUGGUCGCCCCUCCAUCAGGAGACGCUAAAGAAUGUCGUGUCCAAGAAACGAGACAAUCGUCCCCCUCAGCAAACGAGAGCACGAAGCCCGUGGACAACUCGCCUAGUAUUACCAGAUCGGUCUGUAAAGGACCUCCUCCUAUGGCAGCAGACCACAGAAAACAAAUAGAUAACUUGAAGAAAUUCAGUGAAGACUUUAGAUUGCAGCCCAGUUCAAAUCCAGAAGCUGCUUUUGAGCCGAUAAUGACAAAGUCUCAAAGAGACCCAGCAGACAAGCCAAAAGACCUUUCCCUGGGCAAAGGCUCCGCAGCGGGACGGGACAGCUCUGAAAACUACGUAGUUCUUCCUGCUGGCCCCCCCGGUGCUGCUCCUGCUCCUCCCAGUACCAACACAAACACCAGUAAGCCUGGCAGUCCCGCUGCUCUGUCCCCAUCUCCUUCAGCUCCGGACCAGAAGAGGGCGGGGCUAGAUGUGACCUCGCAGGGGGUCCAAACUACGGCCGUGUCUGCGUUCAGUGGACCCAAGCAUGAAGAGAAGGAGGAGAAAAAGGAGGCGGUACAAGAUCAAGUAAGAAAAUCAACCCUGAACCCAAACGCUAACGAGUUCAAACCCAGGUUUAACACCCAGCCGAAACCAGCCAGCACCCCUACGCCUCCUCGGCCUCAGGGCCAGCCCAGCCCCUCCAUCGUGGUCCAGCAACCUCAAGCUGUUUACGGUCAAACCGUCUGCUUCCCUCAGAUGUACCCGCUGACCCCCGUGAGCCCCGGAGUCCAGAAAAGCAUAAUAUGGAAGUCUCCUGUGUACCAGGUUCAAAUGCCUCAUAUGACGGUCAGCCAGUCUAAACCCUACAGACCGGGUAAAGUACCCAACAUGCCCCAGCAGAGGUCUGACCAGCACCACCCUCCUGGGACGCCCACCAUGAUGCACCCAGCAACAGCGGCGGGGCCGCCCAUCGUAGCGCCCAACCCAGCCUACUCUGCCCAGUACUUCGCCUGCGGCCCGCAGCAGUUCACCAGUCAGCCGCUGGUUCAGCAGAUGACUCACUACCAGUCUCAGGCGCAGCACGUGUUCAGUCCCGUGAUGCAGGGGAGUGCCAGAAUGAUGGCCCCCCACACGCAUGGCCAACCCGGUCUGGUCUCCUCCUCCACCACACAGUACCCAGAGCAGACGCACACCAUGUAUGUGUCACCAGGCCCAAUGCCUCAGCAGUACGCUCACCCCAGUGCCACCUUACACCACCACCCUCAACACCCCCAGCCGUCUGCCACUCCCACAGGCCAAGGCCAGCAAGGUGGACCACAACAGCACGGGGGUCCUCCUAGCCACCCUGCUGCCAGCCCGGUCCAGCACCCUCAGCACCCGCAGGCCGCAGCAGCAGCUUUGCACCUAGCCAGCCAGCCCCCACAGCAGCAGAUGUACUCGGCCUUGGCCCCAACGCCCCCCUCCAUGACGCCGGGGCCCAACCCACAGUCCUCCCAGGCGUCAUUCCCCUCUGCUCAGCAGACCGUCUACCUCCACCCGCAGGUGCAGCACAGCUACAACCACAGCCACAUGGCACACAUGCAACAGGCUCAUAUGCAGUCCGGGAUCGUGCCCUCUCACCACCCAGCACCCACCCACCCACCGAUGAUGCUGAUGGCCACUCAGGGGCCUCCAGGGGGCCCGCAGCCACCGAUGCCCCAGGCUGCCCUCAACCCCAUCCCAGUUUCCUCCACCACACACUUCUCCUACCUGGCACAUCCACAAGUGCAGCCUCAUCACCAGCAGCAGCUGUAGGUAGGGGGCGCCAGCGAGCCGAGGGACCCGCUCUGCAUCAUGCUUCUCAGCCAGAGCCUUCAUGAGCAGGCAAUGAAGAGGAAGGGUGGGAGCCCUCCCUCUUCUCAUUCGACAUGCUUCACAUCAGGCCCCCUCCCCCCAGCCCCCCUCCCUCUCGGACUAGGCAAUAAGUGAAUGUUAACAGGUUGAUGCAGUGACACGUUUUAACGAGUUAAACUGACAAAGCUGCCUCUGUUCAGGCCUUUCUUACACACACACACACACACACACACACACACACACACACACACACACACACACACAGGCUUGUGGGUCGCAGCUUUAGUCAGUAAGACGUUAAGCGUGUUGCUGAUCGGUGAGACUGAAGAUUUAACUGGAACUUGUAUUCUGACUGCACCUUGUUAUGGAUAAAAAACUAAAUCUUCCGACUUUUAGACAGUAUUAAUCCUACUGUUUAUUGCUGCUGCUAUGUGCUGCGUUUGUCUCCAGACUACAGGUUUCUAACCAAACUAAACCCGACACGCCACCAGAAACUUCCUGUGAAAAGCAAAAUUCGAAACAAACAAAAAAAAAAAUUCACGUUCAGCAGCCAAGACAGGAGGAUGUUAUUUAUGAGAUUAUAACUGCUGGGGUGAUCGGAUCCCACUUCUCACCUGACCCUUAUGUAACUUUUAAGUUAAAACUUUUACUUUGUAGAUAAUAUAAAUAAUUUAAAAAAUAAGCAAAAAAAAAUUUUAAAAACAAUAAAAAAGUUUUAAAAACUG